GUCUAUAGCACGUGUGUAGGGUUUUAUAAGGGUCAAAGUUAAGACUAUUUAGGGUUCUCUCUUCGCCUUGCUCAGCUGCGGUUGCAGACCAGUGUUUGGUUCUUCUCUAUUAGAGUAUUCAUCUGGGAGAAACUGUAGUGAGGAAGUAUGAGUAAGCUCAGUAGUGAUGCUGUGAGAGAGGGCAUCGCCCAGAUUGUUAUCAACUCGAAAGAGAAGAACCGUAAGUUCACUGAGACCAUUGAGCUUCAAAUUGGAUUGAAGAACUAUGACCCCCAAAAAGACAAGCGUUUCAGUGGGUCUGUUAAGCUUCCUCACAUUCCUCGUCCUAAGAUGAAGAUUUGCAUGUUGGGAGAUGCUCAACACGUUGAAGAGGCUGAGAAAAUAGGAUUGGACUAUAUGGAUGUAGAAGGAUUGAAAAAGCUUAACAAGAACAAGAAAUUGGUCAAGAAGCUCGCCAAGAAGUUCCAUGCUUUUUUGGCUUCUGAAGCUGUCAUUAAGCAAAUUCCUCGUCUUCUGGGUCCUGGACUCAACAAGGCAGGUAAGUUUCCAACAUUGGUCACCCACCAGGAAUCUUUGGAGUCGAAAGUCAACGAAACCAAAGCCAUGGUGAAGUUCCAACUUAAGAAGGUCCUUUGUAUGGGAGUUGCUGUUGGAAAUUUAUCCAUGGAGGAGAAGCAGAUCUUCCAGAAUGUGCAAAUGAGUGUCAAUUUUCUAGUGUCAUUAUUGAAGAAGAACUGGCAAAAUGUGAGGUGCUUGUACCUGAAGAGUACCAUGGGAAGUGCAAUCCGUAUCUUUUAAUUUCCCAUAUGCUCUAUGAAAUUGUGGUAGUAGUGGGAGGAAAGCAUUGCAAACAUUUAAGCAAGACAUUUUUGUUUUGAGAUUGCGUCAACCUGCAAUUUUGUUUUUGUUGGAUUCGCCUAGUUUGUAAUUUUUAUCACUACUGUGACAUUAAGAUUUUGUGGCUUUUAAAGGAGAAUUAUUUAUUUCUUCA